GGUGACCCCGGACCUAAAACAUGCAUAAUGGAAUCCUAGAUUUCCGUUUUAGAAAUAAAUUGUCAGAAAGAUUAUAUUCUAACAUCUAGAAAACGCCCGAAAUGUUGGAUUUAAAACUUUUAAUAAUUGGUUUCAUGAUGAUCGGAAUUACAGUGGCUGGUGAUGGUGUAUCUAACAUACAAAUCAAACAGAUAUCCCAGUACCCUGCCAUAGCUGGCUAUAGCUACUCUUUGUUAUGCAGCGUGGUGACUUCUGGGAAUAUCCCUCAAAUAGACUGGCGUUUUUCUAACGGUACACCGAUUUCUGAAAAUGAAAUGUUCAGGUUGGAAGGUAACGCAACAGAAAUACUUACAAUCAAAACCAUUAAACAGUCUCAUACUGGCUUACAGUUUAUCUGCUCUACCACCGACUUGGAUAAUUCAACCGCGACAAGCCAGAAUUACACCUUGAUUGUUAUUGAUCUUAUAUCUAGCAUAAAAAUCGAAGAGAUAUCCCAGUACCCUGCCAUAGCUGGCCAUAGCUUUUCUUUGUUAUGCAGUGUGAUGUCUUCUGGGAAUAUUCCUCAAAUAGACUGGCGUUUUUCUAACGGUACACCGAUUUCUGAAAAUGAGGUGUUCAGAUUGGAAGGUAAUGCAACAAAAAUACUUGCAAUCAAAACCGUCAAACAGUCUCAUACUGGCUUACAGUUUAUCUGCUCUACCACCGACUUGGAUAAUUCAACCGUGACAAGCCAGAAUUACACCUUGAUUGUUAUUGCUGCCCCCGAGAUUCAGUUUACUGAGGAUUUAGUUUACACACAGACAGGGAAAUCCUUCUAUAAGGACUGUGUAGCCUUGGGGUAUCCCUUUCCUGUGGUCGAGUGGUAUCAAAUCAACAAAGAGGUACCGCAAAUGAAAAUCUCUGUCUCUCACUCCCGCCUAGUUGUCCAAAACAUCGUCCCAGGGCUCCACGAAAACUACACAUGCAAAGCCUCAGUUUCUUCCGGAGACUUUGUUUUAUGGACAAAUAAAACGUUUACUCUCAUAUCUUAUGGUGUCCGAUUCCCGGAUGAGGAAUUUACUGACACUGCGGAGUACAAAUAUACCAUCUUUGCGAUGGUUAUUUUGGGGUGUGUUUUAAUGCUACUGGUGCUGACGGUUAUUUCUUGUAGAAAUGCAAAGAACGGUAACAGAGCCAGAGAGAAAAUCAAAAAGACUGGAGGAGAGCAAGACAAAACUAACAAAUUCAAGAAUGAAAAGGACGGAAAAUGUUCUGGUAUUGGAAAAAAGACUAAACCAGAGCGGUACAUACAAUUACAAAAAGAAAACCUACCCGAUCCAGCAGUGUAUGAUGAAAUUAGAACGGGAACUACAGUGAAUAAUAAACCAAUACCUGAACUUCCGACGGAAGGUAUUACUAAAACUAAGAAGAAUAUACCGAUACCUGAACUUCCGAAAGAAGGUAGCAAAAUGACGAAAACAAACAGUGAACCUUCACCGAGUACUUUGAACAACACGAUAAUGCCUAAUGAUGCAUAUGAUAUGCCAAUGGGACAAAGCCUAGAAAAUCUUGAGGAACUAUCGAAAAAGCAGUCAUAUAUCUAUGAAGACAUUAAGAUUGGAACAUCAUUUGAAAAAUCACCAAAAAUCACUCUAAAUGAUCCAAUGAUGAAAAUAUCCAGUGCAAUCUCAUAUUCAAAGAGAAAAACCUUAAAUACAAGCUCGGAUUCAGAUGCGAAAGCUCUCAUUUCAAGCUCAGAUUCAAAGAUGAAAAAACCCAAUUUAAACUCAGACCCACAAAUGAAAGUUCCCCAUGCAAGCUCAGAUGCACGGAUGAAAGCUGCUAUUGAAUGCUCAGAUUCAGAGAUGAAAGUUCCGCGUGCAAGCUCAGAUCCACGGAUGAAAGCUGCUAUUGAAUGCUCAGAUUCAGAGAUGAAAGUUCCGCGUGCAAGCUCAGAUCCACGGAUGAAAGCUGCUAUUGAAUGCUCAGAUUCAGAGAUGAAAGUUCCGCGUGCAAGCUCAGAUCCACGGAUGAAAGCUGCUAUUGAAUGCUCAGAUUCAGAGAUGAAAGUUCCCCGUGCAAGCUCUUAUUUAGAGACACCUAACAACACCGAGACGCAGCAUGGAGACAGAAAACUUGAAAGCAAUCGUGACCCUGAAAGCAUCUAUCACCUUUGAUACUGCUGAUCGUUGCUAUUUGUAGAAGCCUGAUUUGCGGUCAGAAUACAUGUACAGGGUUACAUGUAAUUUCUAAAUGUCGAACUCUACUUUUUUCAUCUUUCAAUACAAAGUACAUAAACAAUCAUAACAGAGCAUUUAAAUAACUGCAGCGCUUCCAUACAUCAAUGAGAUUACAGAAAGGAAAGAUUGAUUCUAGGGAAACAAGUGCCCUCCCUGAUAUUAAAGAUUGAUCAAAUAUGUUUCCAUAAUAUGUUUUUAAAUUACUAACAGUAUAGGUUAACUCAGAUAUGCGAUACCUUUGUUCGUCUCUUUGUUUCAUGAGAUUGAACCUGCCAGGAUCAUGAAAUUAAACGCUAAAAAACCAGUUAAAACCGAAUAACCUGUCAAUCUCGGAAGACUCUGAAUUUGCGCUAUGGUUAUUUUGUGUUGCAACAUCGAUAGUAGCCGAUCAGACCAAUACCGAAGUGACUGUCCUUCCACCAAUGGACACGUGCAGUCUGGUGCUAGUCUUAUCAUCUGACUCCUGCCCUUUAGGUUUUCCUUUCUUUUUGCACAGUUAAAGUAUCUUUAAACUUGGAGAGACCUUCCUGCACUGUCUCCAAUCCAAUCGUUCUAAGACAGCAUCCUCCCAGAUGUUCGGAUUGAUGCGCAAAUCUUUCAAGUUUCUCAUGCGCAAGGCUUUCAGGUUUCUCUUGCACACGUCUUUAUAGCGCAGUUGGGAUUUGCCUGUGGAUCGUUUUCCCGGGUUCAUGGGUAGAGAAGAUCCUUUGGAAUUUGACCGUCCUCCAUUCACACUACGUGACCAAGACAACGCAGUCAGUUUUGUUCAGGAUUCUGUCUUACCAGGAGGUUAAGGAGGCGUCUAAGACAGUGCAUACUGUGGAAUCGUUAGAAUUCGUGGUGGCUCAAUUUUCGUGGAAUUCGUGGGUACCCCUCACCCACGAAUUUACGUCCUCAACGAAUAAAGACAUUCCAGAGUUAUCUUUCUUACAAAUAUAAAAAUCCAUGAAAUUACGUCCCCACGAACUCGUAAAAAUUCAGCAAUCCACGAAAAUUGGCCCCCACGAAUUUAAAUGAUUCUACAGUAUGGAAGGCGUUCUUCCUUUCAUGUCGGACACGCAUGACUUGCUAUAUAGUAAAGUGAUGACAACACAAGCCCUGCACAUUAUGAUCCGCUCCUCUACAAAAUUGUUAUGUUUUAAAACCGUGCAACAGAGCCAUUGACAUUAAAGCUGUAUGACCCGAUGUUCAUGUCUUAUUUUUGUACAUAAUUACUUUAAAUAAAGCAGGUUAAUUACUUUAUAAAGUCAUUAACUUUCCUAUAAUUACAUGCUCGAAAACAUCUGCAUGUAAAAGAAAACAGUGAGAAUAUUAUUUAGGAAAUAAAUAUAGUGUGGUACAUAUAUAAAUCAUCCGGAAAACCUCGGGCCUUUCAACUGAAACACGGUGUUUUCGGUGAAAGGCCUGAGGUGUUCCAGAUAACGCAUAAAUUAUACAGUGUUAAACGUCUAUAAGUAGACCCACUCGCGUCAGGGGAAUCCCAACAUGAUGUAUUAACUCAUACGCAACUGUCUAAUUUUAUGGCUGAAAGAUCGUAAAACAACGAAUUACUAAGAGGUAUUUGAUAUUUUUAUUUCUAUUAAACUUAUGGCACGGUACUAUUGUUACAAAAUACACAGCUUUACACAGAUAAGAACACCGGUGAUCUGAAAGUUUGAACUGGUCACGUGACUGUCACUUGAAAUGGCAGAAUGACGCGGUUAUUUGUAAACAUCGAUUUAAAAUCAAAUAAUUUUGGUUAAAACAGGUGAAAUAAUGUAUGAUAUGUCAUACAGCCUCAUAACUACAUACGUACGAUGAUUUAAUAGCGUUUUUACCAGAUGGGGAAAAAAAUUUGUAAUUCGGACCAUACAGCUUCAAAGAGGUGUAUAUAUUGCAAAUGUAUCAUAUCUUGCUUUUUGAAAGACAAUCACAGAACAUUUUAUUAAAUCAUAUACAUAUAUGUGAACUAAUAGUCGAUAGAUACUGUGUUAUUGUAGCCUUCUUCUCGUUCUUGUCAUUUAUAUAUACUAAACAUCAUAUACUGCCAGAUAUUGUUCUUUUUAGCUCACCUGAGCCUAACGCUCAAGUGAGCUUUUCUGAUCGAUAUUUGUCCGAUGUCCGUCGUCGUCUUUGUCGUCGUCGUCGUUGUCGUAAACUUUUCACAUUUUCAUCAUCACUGGGCCAAUUUCAACCAAAUUUGGCACAAAGCAUCAAUGGGUGAAGAGGGCUUUCAAGUUUGUUCAAAUGAAAGACCAUGUUCCUUUCAAAGGGGAGAUAAUUACAAAAAUGUCAAAAUAGGGUGGGGUCAUUUAGAACCACUGGACCAGAGGAGCUGAAAUUUACAUGAAAGCUUCCUGACAUAGUGCAGACUGAACUUUGUUAAAAUCAUGGCCCCAAGGGGUAGGUUGGGGCCACAAUAGGGGAUCCAAGUUUUACAUGGGAAUAAAUAGGGGAAAUCUUUAAAAAUCUUCUUCUCAAGAACCAGUGGGCCAGAAGAGCUGAGAUUUGCAAGAAGGCUUCCUGACAUAGUGAAGAUUCAAGUUUGUUAAAAUCAUGGCCCCAGGGGUAGGAUGGAGCCAUAAUAGGGGAUCAAAGUUUUACAUGCAAAUAUAUAGGGAAAAUCUUCUUCUCAAGAACCACUGGACUAGGAAAGUACAAAUUGACGUGAAAGUUUCCUGACAUAAUGCAGAUUCAAGUUUGUUCAAAUCAUUGCCCCCGGGGGUAGGAUGGGGCCACAAUAGGGGAUCAAAGUUUUACAUGCAAAUAUAUAGGGAAAAUCAUUAAAAAUCUUCUCAAGAACCACUGGGCCAGCAAGAACAAAUUUACAUGAAAGCGACCUGACAUUGUGCAGACUCAAGAAAAUAUUUAGAUAUGGGACAAGGUGACUCAGGUGAGCUAUGUGCCCCAUGGGCCUCUUGUUUAGUACUUUAGUUGUAUUUAAACAUUGUCUAAUAUCGGCAUUCUCUUGAUUAAAGAUUUCAGAGGCUA